AUGCUCAUCAAUGGUAAUAUUGUGUUUAAUCAUAACAGUUCCAUUUGGUGGAGAUACAUUUUUAUGGUGGACUUACUCGAGAACGGUUUUGAGAACUUUUUUUCGAAAAAUGCAGUUUACAAAGUGAAGGAUGAUAGGAGCAGUUCAUUUUGGUUUUGUAGGUGGGCUGGAAAUCAGACUCUGAGGGAGGCCUUUCCCGAGUCCUUUACGUCGUUUGUGGACCAGUUUUAUAGCAUGGCGGAUGCGGGGCAGUGGGACAAUGGUUCAUGGCGUUGGUUUCAACAUGAUGCAGGGCUGACAAAAAUGGUUGAUGGCUCGGGAUUAGGGAAAUUCUUGCAGGAAUGGGCUGAGGACAACACAUUGACGCAUGAUGAAUCUGAACUCAUUGAGUGGAUGCCGGAGAAAAAUAAAACUUUUUCUAUUCAUUCUGCUUAUAAUAAGCUUGUAGCAAGACUGUCAACCACUUAUAUAUCGCAUGAGGUACAUAGUGUUCUUAGUGUUAUAUGGAAAAGUCUGGUUCUGUCGAAUGUGUUGCUGUUUGGAUGGUGUUUGAUUCUUAACAGAUUGCCUACUAGAGACCAGUUAGUGAAGAGGAAAAUUCGACUUGACAAUAGAGAUAAGUGA